CUCCGACGACCCGACUGCGACCACACACCUCAAACAUAUAUACAACCAUCGCUGCGGGCAGCUACCUACUUUUCCUAUUCACCUUUACAUCUACACCAAGAAAAAAGAAUCAUAAUAUAAAUCGCAACAACCAUGGUCCAAGGAUCCCUCAAGAAGAAGCCCGCGGGCAACAGUGGGAAUCUUGUGAAGCGUCCCUCAGCCCUCGGGCCCAAGCGCGGACCGAGACAAAUCGCACCUAAGAAGACGACGUUGGUUAAGCAGCAGAAGUUGACUAAGAAACUCACGGCGGGAUUGGUGGCCCGGACGGAGAAGAAUCUUGCAGAGAAGGCGGGACAUUUGGAGUUGUUGGCGGGAGGAAAGAAGGAUAAGAAGAAGGAUACUAAGGGAAAUGUGAAGAAAUAGAGAAGGGGGGUACAAUUAUGGAUUCUGUGAUUAAAUAGAGGGAAGGAGGUGUUGCGAUUGCUGUUGC